AAACGAAGGUGAGCUAAAUAACACCAACAAUAUAAGUUAGCGUCAGGUAUAAAUACAUCUUAUUUUAACCACUAUACUUUCAUUUGCACUUUUAAAAACUACAUCGAAUUUGUAUGAUAGAGAUGCUGUCUAAUGGAGAUGUCAAUGGUUGUCUUCGUAAACUGAAAACUCUCCUGCGGGCGGUAAAGUACGCAGGACAUGUCGACUACAAUGGCCUUUCCAAAGGAGACCCCUCUGCUUUUCUUCCAAUUGUGAGUUUCACCCUCACCUCCUUCUCUCCACCUUUUGCUAAGCAACUAAUAGAGGCUGGACUGGAACUGACUGGCAAAACUGAUCUCCGAUUCACUGACACUCUUUAUAAGGUACUGCGAGAUAUCUUCCACUAUAAGCCCAUACUGACCAAGCAGCAGUUUCUCCAGUGGGGUUUCUCUCUGAGGAAAAUCUCUGUCGUCUGUGACAUCAUAGAUUUGGUCCUGCAGAAACACAACCAACUGAAGAAGUCGAGAGUAAGAUGUCCUGCCUCAUACAAGGAUGACGGAGGAGAAGCUCAGCCAACACUGACCGAUGCAGACACUGUGUCCGAGACGCCAUCUGUUGAGAAUCACAUGGAACAUUCCUCCACUUUUCCCACAAACUCCUCCCAUGCAGAAGCAUUCUCCUCCCAUUAUUUAACUCGUACAUCUCAUAAUGAAGUGUACUCCAUCCAUGGUCCUGGAAAUGGAGAGCUGGCAGGAGGAGAUGAGGACAAGGUUAACAUUCUUUACUCAGCAGAGGUGGAGGGAAGGCUGUCAGCAGUGGAAGCUCACCUAGGGAGUCUGGUGUCUCGGCUGGACAGGCUCGGUGUCCUGGAGAAACGUAUGGAGGAACUUGAUAAACACAGAAACACAGACAAGGAUGAAGUCAUCACGAUAUCCAGAGAGAGCUGGGAAAAUGUGAUGAGCAGAGUCCUCUUACUGGAAACUAAACUAGAUCUGAGCAAUAUACAGUUAAGUGUCCCACCGCAAUGUCCAUCAUGUCCAUCUGCCUCCUAUUCAUCCAGCUCCAUGGCUGAUACUUCAAAGGAGGACCUCAAGGACAGGCUGGAGAGGAUUACCAACAUGCUGAAGAGCACCUCCAGUCUGCUGAAGAACACUGAAUCCUGCAGUUAGUUUGGCUUGAAUGUAACAUUACACCACAAUGUUGGCUCAAUCAGCUGGCUCUGUAACUUCUAACAAGCUACCUGUACUUCAGAUAACUGAGAAACUCCUGCUUUUAACUCAAGUCUCUAGUGAAAUGACUGAAGAAAUACUGUAUGGAUGGAUAAUUUCCACUGUUAGCCCUUCACAAAUAAAUGCUCCAUUCUUUAAACGGCAGGUGCUUGUUUGAAU